AUUAUGACACGCUUCACCUGCGUCUCCUCAGGUUCCGUCAAAGUUUGUCAGGAGUUUCAUCGUGUUGCAAAAGUUGUUAGUUCUUUUUGUUUGUUUAUUUUUUGUCCUCAGUGUGAAGCGUACAAGGGUUUAGACGUUUGGACUCAGGGAGGAGAGGAACACCGGUGGAACUAGGACCAGGACCAGGACUAGAACCAGAUCCCAGUGUUCCCAGUACUCCCCCCAUCAUGACCUCCCAGCAGCCCCGACGGGUGCGGCUCAAGCCCUGGCUGUUGGCUCAGGUGAGCAGUGGCAGGUAUCCUGGUCUGCAGUGGCUCAGCCCUGAGUGCCGCCUCUUCCAGAUCCCCUGGAAACACGCAACACGACACCUGCCCGUGUCAGAGGAGGAGAACACCAUCUUUAAGGCAUGGGCUCUAGAAACGGGUAAAUAUCAGGAGGGUGUAGAUGAACCCGACCCUGCCAAGUGGAAAGCAAACCUUCGUUGUGCGCUCAACAAGAGCCGCGAGUUUCAGCUGAAGUAUGACGGAACUAAAGAUACACCGGUGAAGCCGUACAAAAUCUACGAGGUGUGUGACACGAUUGGCUGUUCAGACGCUGUUGAUGAUGAUGAAGAGGAGGAGAUGCCGAAUCUGAUGGAGCUCAGCAUCAAUCCCCGGCUCAGUGACCCCCAGUCCUUCAGCUCCUUCCCGAUUCCCUCUGAAGGGGACCCCUUCAGUUUAUCAGCCAACGGGACCCUGCCUCACAUCAUUCCAAUGCCCCUGCUUUCUGACGCCAUGCACACAAACCCCACUGUGACCUCUGACCUCCCCCGGCAAGAGUUCCAGGCCGCUGGUCAUAUGGUGGAUCAGGGAGCCUUUGCAGGGCUUCAGGACCUAAAUGCCAUGCCUCCACCUCCAGUGAUGGAGGCCAGAUCCAUGGAGGGAAUCCAGACCCAGACCGACCCACAGACCCAGACCUGCAAGUAUGACCUACUGAGCAGCGUUCCAUUAACUGAUCUGGACCUGAAGUUUGUGUAUCGCGGCCGCACAAUGGGUUCACUGACGGUCAGUAACCCCCAGGGCUGUCGACUCUACUAUGGUAAUCUGGAGCCAACCCCCGAGCAAGUGGACUUGUUUGGACCUGUCAACCUGCAGCAGGUCCUGUUUCCAGGGACAGACCAGAUUCAGAACCAGAAGCAGAGGUUCUACACUGGGGCCCUGCUGGAUGUGAUGGACCGUGGUCUGAUUCUGGAGAUCUGGGAACAGGACAUCUACGCCAUCCGCCUCUGCCAGUGUAAGGUGUUCUGGUCUGGACCCGGUGUACCUGAACAGGCUCUACCAAACCCAAUAGAACGGGAGAAGAAGAUCAAGGUCUUCAGCCUCAAUGACUUCUUGCAAGGUCUCAUUCUAUUUCAGAGGGGUGAAACUGAGAACCCUCCACCAUUCGAGAUCACUUUCUGUUUUGGGGAGGACUGGCCUGACAGGAAACCCAAGGAAAAGAAACUCAUCAUUGUCCAGGUGGUUCCUGUGGUGGCUCGGAUCCUAACUGAAAUGUUCUCAGGAGAGCUCAGCUGGUCCACAGAUAGCAUCCGGUUGCAGAUUUCAAACCCAGAUGUCAAGGACCAGACAGUGGAGCAGUUCAAGGAGCUGCAGAGACUUCUGCAGAACCAGCACAAUCAGGGGCCAUGGACCCCAAGUGGCCCCUAAGCCACAAAGGUCAAACUACUUUGGGGGGGCCAAGAGGACCAGGAGGGACCUGGAGAGUCCUCUGCAGGGUCCAGCACCUCAGAGUGUUCAAAUCUCACCUGGAAUCCUGAUCAGCUCAGUUCUGACUGAUUCUGUAGUUUGAUCUGUCUGAUCAAGAAUAUCUGACACUGAACUCUUUCAGUUUCAGAGACGGAAAAACUGCCAUCUUCUCUUUGAUUCUAGGCUUAAACUUAUAGAGCCAAAAUAAGGACUUUAAUGUGUGAUAUUGAACAUAAAAUUUUGCAUUGAAAACAUACCCUGAAAACUGAAAAAAAGAAAGCUUGGCACUGAAAAACAUGUUGUAACAAAGUGUAAUGGCAUCAAAACAGGUAUUGGCAUUGAUAACAUUUCGCUGAAGUUUAAAACAUGAACAUCAAAUGUUAUAUUAUUAAAGGUAAAUGUUUUUGAAUGACAAUCAUAUUAUUUUGGAUUUGAUGUCACUGUUUUAUCAAUGACCGUUUAUAAUUUUGAUGACAUUUUUCUUUGUUGAUCAUUUUUUUUAAGCUGUGGUUUUUCACUUUCAACUUUCUGUCACCUUUUUGGCGUGGAGGGGCGGGGUUUGAGGGGAAGAGCUAGGAGGGUGUGAUUUGCAUAUUACGUAUAUAUUCAGCUCAGUCCACUGGACCCUGCCAGACUUCAAGAGACAGCAGGCGCAUAUCGAAGCACUGGCAUGGAUUCUGCGGCUGCCACAGCUUCUUGCCACUGGUACUGUGGCUUCACGCCCCGGGUACCACAGCAUGGCACCCGUGGCAUGAAGCCACGGUGGCCAUGGCACCCAGGGCAUCUGUUGAAUCCAUGCAGCAAAAUGUUAUCAAUGCCAAUACCUGUUUUGAUGCCAUUACAAUUUUUUUUACAAUACACAUUUUUCAAUACCAAUGUUUCUUUUUUCAGUUUUCAGGGUGUGUUUUAAAUGUGAAAUUUAAUUUCAGUAUCAAACAUUAAAGUCAUCAUUUUGGCUCCAUAUGAACAAACUCUUGGAGACUAAUUCACAAAAAAAGAAUUACUAACACUGACAUUGUCAACAAAAACAAGUCUGUGCUUCUAAACUCAUUUGAGAUCAGUUUUUGUAAGAAUUUCAAUAAAAAACCACUGCAGUAUUGUCAGACA